UAAUAAAACCUAGUAUUGAAAGAUUCUUGGGCCCACGGAUAUCAGAGAACAUCUCAACAAGUCAAUUUUUCAUUAUUAGCCCCUCACACAAAAUUAAUAAAUGUACCUAAAAUAGAAAAAAUAGGAAAAAGUGGCACUUUCUCAAAAGAAAGGGGUUAGAAAACCAUAAAACAAACACUAUGUCAUGGGAGAGCAUUGUAUCAAAAGAUCUACUCAGCAUUCCACGGAGUACUAACUUAUCAGCAACACAUUUACUAGCCUCACCAGAUGGAUCACGAUAUUUAUUGGAUCAUUCAAACGAAUUAUGUCAAUUAGAAGAGAAUUACUCGAGACUUGCUGGUUGUGGAUCUAGCCCAGAAUGGGGAUCUCGUUCUUUAUGGAUACGGCAUGGUUUCGCGAGAUCUGAUUCGGGGAAUACUGUUAUUAGUUGCUUUUGGGCAUGUCAGCGCAGCUUACGUCAAUAUAUAGCAAAACGAAAGGUAAAUAUAAAUGGACUUCGGCUUUACGAACAGCAUAAUCAGACAGCCGCUGUUCGAACAUGGCGAAGCGCUUUGAAAGGCGUCUGCCGACGGGAGGAUUGUUUUCAGCUACUAGGGUAUCUUUAUCAGGCUCACAUGGAUUGGGGAAAAUAUCGGGACGCAAUUGAUUUUGGUCAUCAACAAUUGGGAAUAUCGGAAGAACUUGACUCACCGAACAUGCGGGCCGAAACCUAUUUAAAUUUAAGUCGAGCGCAUGCGAGUCUGGGUGGUCUAGAACGAGCUCUAUCUUACGCUCGUCACUCGCUUUACAAUGAAUCGGGGACAAAAUGUCGUAGUGGACUAGUUCAUUUGACAGUGGCACGAGUCUAUCUUGAAAUGGGUGGAUUUUCAAGGGCUUUGGAGGGUUUACAAGGUGCUCACAAGAUAGCCAUGGCCAUUGGUGAUCCCUCCUUAGAACUUCAAGUUUACGUGGCUCUCUCUGAACUGUUCGGUCGUCUACAGGAUAAUGACAAGAGUGCAACCUAUGCAUCAAAGGCCUACGACCUAUCGCGCUCAUUGCAACUCGGCGACCUUAAUUCUUGCCAUCACAGAGCAGCGUUAUUACGAAUGGCAGCAUCUUUGCGCAAGCAAGGCGAUCUAGGCGAUGCACACGAUUAUUGCAUGGAAGCAACGAGGCUCUCACUGAUUUCCGGCGAUCAGGCUACAUACAUGCGCAGCAUUCGCGUCAUGGGCGAUAUUUACCAAAAGAUGGAUAUUGAUCGAGCAUUUAGACAGUAUGAGCAGGCCAUGGGAACAUCGUCAACUUUUGGCGAUCGUAUGGCUCAAAUGGAAGCGAUGGAUGGGGCCGCCAGGUGUUUGGAAACCUUGCGCCUUCAAAGUAAGAUUUGCAAUUGUCGGCCCUUAGAAUUCAACACUCGUCUUUUGGAAGUAGCCAGUUCAAUUGGCGCCAAGUUUUUGGUGCGAAAAAUCCGAAGUCGAUUAGCUCUCAUAUAUCGCGCACUAGGUGACGAGGAUCAGUGUAAUACCCACCUUCGGUUAGCCGACCAGACUGACGCAGCUCUAGGUCUUAAAUGUGGCGCCUGUGGUGAAGUUUUUGGCCUUCAGCCUGCUAAUCUGGAAGCACUGCCUUGUGCACAUAUUCUCCAUGCCAAAUGUGCCCAUGAAAUUUGGAGACACCGGGAUAAAAAUGCUCCUAUGCGCUCUUGUCCAGCAUGUCACAAGAUACUAAACUCACAUCUUCAUCUUUGUGAAAACGGCAGCGGUCCUGAAAAUGAUAACUUCGACCAGAGCAGCCUUUCGCUCAAUGCAAAUCGUUUCACUCUGGAUGGAUUUAUUACACUGAAUCCAGAGAAUGUUCUCCCACCACUUCCAAAUCAGACCGCAAAGGAAUCGUCGGUGAUGUUUUGCAAUGGCCUCAAAAAUAAGUCCAUGCCUAGUAUCGAGAAUACCGUAUUUCUAUCGACGAAUCCAUAUGCCUCGAAAGCUGUGUAUAGAAGCAACUUAUCAUUGGCCUCCCUUAGUAUUCAGGCGUCCAACCUUACCAUUGAUAGUGGAAGAAAUGCAACAUCUUCAGUCUAAAGUGGAAUCGUGGAAGCGUUUCAAAUUUAAUGUGUAAGAUUCAAGAUUUAAAAUAGUUAAUAGCAACUCAAGUACUGUAGAAGCUUGAACUAAUAAUGAAUUGUUUGAUUUUAAUAAUUUUGGAAGAUGUUAAAAUUAAACUGAAUUAUUUACACACAAAAUUUGAUAUCGCUCCAAAUAUAAUAAAUCUAUAUUGUAAUCGUUGUUUUUUUUUUUAUUAACUAAAUUACUUUUUUUUAAAUUAAUGUGGAAACUUGUUCCAAGUAAUUCAUAACAAUAUGUAAAAUUUAAAAUUGCUUUGAAUUGACAAUUCUUUGUAUCUGCACUAAUAAAAACUAUAUGCAUUUUAAAAUGAAACACUCCAAACCCCAAGUAUAUUCGACUAUUUCUUCUUUAAAUACGCCGAACAUUCAAUCGUUUUCUUUGCAUAUUAAGACUAAUUAUUAUAUGAUUUCUACAACAUACAUAUUUUUAUAUACACUGUAACAAUGUAUUUGUGCACCAUGUGAUGUACAUAGGUAAACAAAUUAUAUUACAUUGUUCAAAAGGCUGUCGUAAUAUAUGGACAAGAAUUUUUCGAAUACCUGAAAACUGUAACCUAAUACAACAUAUAAAUGAAACAUUAGUACGGAAAGAAUCACAUGUGUCAAAUAUAAUAAUUGAAGCAAUUAUGUUUCUCGAAUUCAAUUUGUUAAGAUAAAAUAUACAAUAAAUAAUAAUAGAAUGUAACCAAGAAGAAAAACUAUUUAAUAUUGCUGUGAAAAAAUCUAAUAAAUAUAACUGUUGCAAAAUAAACGUUACACAGAGUAUGGAAGCAUUUCUUGGUGUAACUCUAAUCUUCAAUAAGGUUUAGAAAACUCGGAUAUAUAAGUAUAUUGAUUAUACAUAUAAUAACGUUGUUAAUUAGCACAUAAGUAUUUAAGCACAUACAAUUAUUAAGUGCAGUUUAAAUUCUGUUAACUAAGACAAAGUCAAUCACGGAUUAAAAUGUAUAAAUUGUACGAUAAUUGUUAUUGAAUAAAUAUA